AUGGCAAGCUCCUUCGAGAAGAGCGUGAAGGGCGGGACGAAGAUAAAGCUUGCAGCCCCAAAAUCAAAGUAUGUCGAGCAUAUCCUCGUCGCGACCCAUGCAGGCGAAGCAGGCGUCGCCGAGAUCUUUCGCGCCCUUACCAAUCGGUUGCGCGACUCGACCUGGACAAUCGUAUUCAAGAGUCUGAUCAUCGUACACCUCAUGAUACGGGAAGGCGAGCCUGAGGUCACACUGAAAUACCUGGCACAAAACCCAACGAGAAAGCUCGCUAUCAAUUCGUUUACAGAGGUGCAGACUCAGGGCCAUAACAUCAGGACCUAUACGGAAUAUCUGCUUCGUCGCGCUAUCGAGUACGGCGCAACAAAGGUCGACUACGUGCGCGGCGGCGAAGGUCGCCUCAAGCGAUUGACAGUUGACAAGGGCCUGCUUCGAGAGGCAGAGAGCGUUCAAGAGCAGAUCAGAUAUUUGCUCAAGUGCCAGCCAUUUGAUGACGAGCCAGAGAAUGAGAUCACACUGACUGCAUUCCGGCUACUUACCAUGGACCUGCUCGUCUUGUUCCACGUCAUGAACGAGGGUACCAUCAAUGUUCUUGAACACUAUUUCGAGAUGUCGAAACCCGAUGCAACACGCGCCUUGGCUAUCUAUCGAACGUUUGCGAGACAGACCGAAGCUGUCGUGCAAUAUCUCAGCUUAGCUCGCUCACACGAACACUCGACCAGAUUAGAGAUCCCCAAAAUCAAACACGCUCCAACCAGUCUAGCGGCAUCAUUGGAGGAGUAUCUGAACGACAAAGACUUCGAGAUAAAUCGUCGACAGUACAUUGCAGAGAAGGAGGCCAAGAAGAAUGGAGGAAAGCCGACGAAUGGCGCGAGCAACGGAGCUAGCAAAGCGCCUGAGCCACGACCUACAACAUCAAGCCAGCCUGCUAGCCACCCUAGUGCUCAGCCACAAGCAGCACCAAAGGUCAACGCCAAUGCGCCUCUCAUUGACUUGUUCGCUUCCCUGGAAGACAACCAGCAGAUAAUGACAACGCAAGCCCCCAUGCAACAGCAAUACCAUCAGCAAACAGGAUUCGAUCAAGGCUUUCAACAGCAAGACUUUCAGCAACCAGCUUUCCAGAUGCCUCAACAGACCGCGAACGGCAUGGCUUUUGCUCAACAGCAGCCGUUUAUGCAACAGAGUGCGCAAGGUACAAACCCGUUCCAGAUGCAACAACAGCAGCAGCCGCAACAACAACAAUUGCAGCUACAGUUUACAGGCGCAGGAUUCGGUGGCUACACACCGCAACCCUUCAGCCCCCAGAAUAGCCUUGCGCCAAUACCUCAGAAUGGCGUGCCAGAUUUCUCCCAGCAACAGCAAAUGCAGCUCCCUACCAUUACGGAACCGAUGCAGCAGCAGCAAACAUCUACCAAUCCUUUCCGCCAAUCGAUGUUGCCCAGCAUGACAGGUGCACCGGAGCCAAAUCUGCUCAGCAAUCCGACUGGCGCGAGCUCACUCGGCCGCUCUGCGACAAACCCCUUCGCGAAGCAGACCACAGGCUUUCAGCAGCAAUCGCCACCGCCGAUGGGCUCAUCACCGUUCGCAUCUCAACCCUUUCUCUCCUCGCCGUUUGCGUCGCAACAACAAGCACAACCACUCCAGCCAACACCUACAGGCACGAAUCCGUUUGCAAGAAACGCAUCACCACAGAAUGCCACCUCACCGCCAGGUGGUCUGACUGUACAUGCGACUGGAAGUACAAAUCCGUUUAGGCAAAGUGCAUUUGUCAACCAGCAGACCGGGCAAGGCUGGCAAAAUACUGGUGGUGGUACAAUUGGCGGCAUGAGCAUGGAUCAGGUACCCACACAGAGUGUCUUCCCACGACCAGGGCAACAAAACCAGCAGAACUUCUUGGGAUAG